UGUUUUUAGGAAGGAUCCGGGAAGGAUUCAAUUAAGUUACAGACUUUCUGCAGGAUUGUUGUCAUCACGAAUGUUUUCAUCAUGCCACGGAUUGAGGCCUGGUUAAUGGACGAUUGCACUGACGACCAAAGACUUCCUCACAAAUUACAACCAAAUCAGCCAGUGACUUUGGAAGGAUUACAGGAAAUCGGAGUUUUUUAUCUAAAGUUAAAUGCCGAUAUCUAUGAAAAUGACCCAGAAUUACAGAAGAUAUGUGAAGAUAGAGGUUACACUUAUAUGGACAUCAUAACUAUCCAUCCAGAUAAACUGCCAAAUUAUGAGGAUAAACUGAAAAUGUUCUAUGAAGAACACCUGCAUGUUGAUGAUGAAAUCCGAUACAUCCUAGAGGGAAGAGCAUACUUUGACGUUAGGGACAAAAAUGACCGCUGGAUACGAAUUGCUAUGACAAAGGGGGAUUUGAUAACACUUCCAGCAGGAAUUUACCACAGAUUCACCCUAGACGAGACUAAUUACACUAAAGCGAUGAGAUUGUUUGCUGGAGAGCCAGUGUGGAAGGCCUACAACCGUCCAGCUGAUGACUUUGAAGUUCGCCAGAAGUACCUGAAUCAGCUCAGAUGAGCCAAAGUUGAUGACAUUAAUGUCAUAGUGCCAUCAGUUCAUUGCAUAUUAGAACUAUGACAUUACUGCAGAUCCUUCAACAAUAUACAUAUUGCCUGGAAUUUUACAACAUUACAAGACUGGAUAUUGAUAACUGGUUCAUACUGACCUAUGCAGUAGUCAUAAUUAAUAUAAUUAUUAAGGAUAAAAAUUGCUUUAGCAUAACAAUGAGACAGACUUGAUAAACACGGAGAGUGAGGUGUAGAUUAGAUAUCUACACACCUGUUUCAACAUAGUUUUACUGUUUUGAUCUGUUAACACAAAUAAAAAUGAACAAAUUAC